UUUUGAAAGCCGAUUGUCGUCAUCGCGGAGCACGCGUCUUUACGUUGCAUGUCGUAGCCGUUUGACGGUAUGUGGAAAGUAGCAAUGUCGGAGGAGGUUGGGAAGGCGCUACAGUCGGUAGUGGAGCGGGUGAACCAGGCGGCGGCACGGCGGCCCAAGACACUACCGGCAGUGCCACCCCGCCUCGUGGCUGUCAGCAAGACCAAACCCCCAGAGAUGGUUGUGGAGGCUUACAGACAAGGGCAGCGCGACUUUGGAGAAAAUUAUGUUAAUGAACUUGUGGAAAAAGCUUCAGAUCCUGUGAUUCUAGACUCAUGUCCAGAAAUCAAGUGGCACUUCAUUGGCCAUCUACAGAAGAACAAUGUCAACAAACUUUUGGGCGUGCCGAACCUGUUCCUUGUGGAAACGGUGGACUCGGCAAAACUGGCUGACAAGGUCAACAGUUCAUGGCAGCGCAUCAGAGGAGCCAGCACCCAGAGGUUAAAGGUCAUGGUGCAGAUCAACACCAGCGGAGAGCAGAGUAAACACGGCCUGCCACCAGAGGAGACGGUGAACACAGUCAAACACAUUGUGUCCCAGUGCUCCGCCCUGGACUUCUCAGGACUCAUGACCAUCGGACGCUACGGCUACGACCUCACCCUGGGCCCCAACCCAGAUUUUCAGGUACAAAACAACAAGAGAGGUGGACUACG